AUGCCUGUAUUAGCAUCUGGUCCCACAAUAGCUUCUUUGGCAAUAGGCCAGAUAAAAUUAACUAGUAGUAGUUCCAUGAUCACUCUCCAAAAAACCUUGUUUAGUUGGAUAGUCGCUGGAGGUUCAGACGUCAAUGGGCCUCUCGAUUCCAUCUCGUGUAAGGUCGUAAAAUUGGAUCAGCUGUUCGAGAGAUUCCUCACCAUCGAAGACCUGGAUUACCAUCCUGUUAAAUCUCGCGACGACGUGGUUUGCGAGGAACACUACGUUCAAACUACCACCAGGGACGAGUCAGGUCGUUACGUCGUUCGACUGCCGUUCCGCCUCGAGAAAUUUGAAUUGGGUUCCUCCAAACAGCAAGCGUUAAGCAGAUUCCACGCCCUGGAGAGGAAGUUCAAGGCGAACCCUGCAUUCCAGGCCGAGUACGAGAAGGAGCUCAAUGGAUAUCUAGAGCUCGGUCACAUGACUCUGCUAGAGGUGGACGACGAAGACGGGUACUACCUCCCUCAUCAUGCGGUCAUCAAAAGGUCUAGCGAUACCACGAAGUGUAGGGUAGUCUUUGAUGCGUCCGCAAAAACCUCCACCGGAAUUUCGUUGAACGAUUCCUUGUUGACAGGGCCUACCAUUCAGCCGAAACUUCAAGAACAACUCGUUCAGUUAAGAUCUCAUUUGUUCGCCGAAACUGCAGACAUCGAGAAGAUGUACCGCCAGGUGUUGAUGCAUCCAGAGGACCGGAAGUUCCAGAAAAUCCUGUGGUACCAUGAGGGUGAACUUCGUACUUUCGUUCUGAACACCGUGACUUUCGGCAUUAAAUGCGCCCCCUUUCUAGCUAUUCGAACGCUGGUUCAGCUCGCUCUCGACGAAGAAGCCGACUUUCCGCGGGCUUCGAUUCUCCUUCGCCGCGACUUCUAUGUCGAUGAUUUCCUUUCAGGUGCAUACACGCUGGAGGAACUCCUUGCCAUCCGAGACGAGAUGAUUCAGCUGCUGGCGAGAGGAGGUUUCACCAUUCGCAAAUGGGCCUCUAACCAUCCAUCAGCGUUAGACAACAUCGAUAAAAAGAUUUUUGAUUUGGAUUGCGGAAUCCAAGGCAAUCCCAUUAAAAAGACUCUUGGGAUCGUCUGGGAUUCUCAACGCGAUACUUUCACGUAUUCAGUUGAUCUCGAAGAUCCGAAACUCGUUACAACUAAGAGGAAGCUGCUUUCCCAAAUUUCAAAAAUCUUCGAUCCCUUAGGUUUGAUCGGACCUCUAGUUCUCUUCACUAAAGGCUUGAUGUCAGAUUGUCAUAAGGCAAAAAUUACUUGGGACGAGUCACUGCCUCAGGACAUUUAUACAAAGUGGGUCGCGUUAGCCGAACAACUUCCCCAAUUGACAAAAUUUUCUGUACCUCGAAGCUUAAGAUGCGCAAACUCAAUUUCUACUCAAAUACACGGGUUUUGCGAUGCGUCCAUGAACGGAUACGGUGCGUGCUUGUACAUCCGCUCUGUCGAUGCGUCAGGCGAGGUCACCGUGAGACUAGUCUGCAGUAAAAAUAAAGGCCCAUCUUUGAGUCAACACACGAUUCCUCGACUUGAAUUAGCUGGAGCUUCACUCCUAAAAACAUUGUAUCUUGAGACAAGGGAUCGGCUGUAUUCUCCGGUCGAUCGGGUAGUUUUCUGGUCAGACUCAACAAUCGUUCUUUGUUGGUUAAAAAAGGCUCCGCAUCUAUUGAAAACGUUCGAAGCCAAUCGAGUAGCUGACAUUCAAAAACUAGGUAACGAGGCUGAAUGGAGACAUGUCGGUUCAAAGGACAAUCCAGCUGAUCCGUUGUCGCGCGGACUGGUACCCGGCGAUCUUAUACGUAGCACCCUCUGGAAAUCAGGCCCCGAGUGGCUCAGCCUCGCCGACGAACACUGGCCUCCGACGCCGCAAUCCGUUUCGAACAACCCUCCUCAUGCGGGAGACGGACUCGUUUUCCUCAUCCAUACUUCAGCUAGCAGUAUUUACGCCCGAUUCUCAGAUUACGGCUGUCUUCUUAGGUCGAUAGCGUACCUCUUGCGUUGGAAAAAUGAGGGAACUCCGUCGGGCGACUCAGAUCAAGUAACUCGAUCAAAGGCAGGCGUCCGUUAUUUAUCAUCAUCCGAAAUAGCAACCGCAGAGCGCCGGAUUCUCCUUAUGAUUCAAAGUGAAAGCUUCGGUCCCGAAUUUAAAAUUCUCUCGGCCGCGCAAAAACCCAAUGUAGGAAAUGUUAAAGGUUCAAUCAAACGUCAAACUAAGUUUGGCGAACUCAAUCUAUUCCUAGGUAGCGACGGUUUAAUCAGAGUGGGGGGACGUUUAAAGAAAUCGGAUUUGCUUUUCAAUCAAAAACAUCCUGUCUUACUUCCCAGCAAUCAUCACGUUUCCGAUCUUAUCAUCCGUGAUGCUCACGAGCGUAAUCUUCAUGGAGGGAUCCAAGCAACUCUCUAUGCCAUACGUGAGCGAUUUUGGAUUCUCAACGGUAGGAACCAAGUUCGACACGUUGUCCAUCGAUGCGUUCCCUGUAUUCGUCAGAAACCCAAAUUCGCGCAUGCGAAAAUGGCGGAUUUACCUGAGUCCCGCGUUAUCGGCGCUUUCCCAUUCAAUCACACGGGAGUUGAUUUCUUCGGCCCAAUUUUAAUCAAGGAAAAGAGAGAUCGGAAUCGAAGCUUCAUCAAAGCUUAUGGUUGUGUUUUCGUAUGUAUGGCCUCUAAGGCAGUCCACAUCGAGCUCGCUUCUGAUCUUUCGACAGAAGCGUUUUUGGCAUGUUUUGAUCGAUUCUUGUCAAUACAAGGAAUACCAGAACGAAUGUAUUCCGAUAACGGUACAAAUUUGGUAGGCGCGAAUAACGAACUGCAAAAAAUUUACGAUUUACACGGGACGCCGGAAUUCAAAGACGCCAUUCAAGGUCACGCCGCGUCCAAUCGAAUCGACUGGCAUUUUAACCCACCUCUUUCUCCGCAUUUCGGCGGAUUAUGGGAGGCUGCAGUUAAAAGCUUUAAACAUCACCUUCACCGUGUUAUUAAAGAUCGAAAGCUAACGUACGAGCAAUUAGAUACGCUUCUAAAACAGAUAGCGGCGAUCCUUAAUUCUCGACCCUUGUAUUACAUUUCCGCUGAUCCAAAAGAUCCGCUUGCAAUAACUCCCGCGCAUUUGUUGAUUGGUCGUCCGUUCCGAUUCUUACCCGAGCCCGAUUUUGUUUCAGUUCCUGACAACCGGUUACGCACGUACCAAAUCAUACAGAAGGCCAGACAGGAUUUCUGGAAGAAGUGGCGAAAAGAGUAUUUGCACGAGCUCCAAACUCGACAAAAAUGGUUGACCUCCAACACGACCUUAACACCCGGGUCCGUGGUCUUGUUGAUGGAGGACAAUCCUGCGUGUGCGAGAUGGCCGCUGGGUGUGGUCGAAGAGGUUCACCCUGGGAGCGAUGGCAUUGCUAGGGUAGCAACAGUCAAGACGGCCUCGGGAGUCUACAAGCGAAACAUCACGCGGCUUUGUAUCUUACCAGUAGCUUAG